GGAUAAUUUACCCCUUUCUUGUGUUGAAAAAGAGGGAUUACAACAAUUUGUUCGUACAGCAUGUCCUCGGUAACUGAUUUAAUAGAACAAAGAUAUAGUACAACAAAAGCUAUACUAGUUAAUCAUUUACAAGAAACAAGGUACCUUACCAUGAGUAGUGACAUAGUUACAAUAACGAACUCCACGAGAAGUUUUCUAAUCGUUACAGUUCACUUCCUGAAUGUUGCUGAUGCGAGUCUCAACUGCUGUUGUCUUACUGCCCAUUACAUGACAGGGGGACAUACAGGAGAAUAUAUUAAAUAUUGUUUUGAAAAUAUAAUGAGCGAGUUUUCUAUCGAUAAAUCGCAAAUUGUAAAUUUCUCAACCGACAGUGGUAGCAACAUGGUUGCUGCUGUAAACUUAUUUUUGGGAGCGAAGAAGAGGAUUCCUUGUGUUGUGCACACUAUAAAUUUGAUCAUAGAUGGGGUUUUAAAAAAAAAUGAAAGCUUUUCAAACUUAGCUGAUCAAAUAAAAUCUAUUGUGACCUAUUUUAAACACUCAGUUAGUGCUUCUGAUCAAUUAAGAUCUGAGCAACUAGCAGAAGGAAAGAAAGAAGGCCAAAUAUUGAUGCUCAUUCAAGCAGUUAGUACUCGCUGGAACUCUUGUCUGGAUAUGAUGGAACGAUUCCUCAAAUUGUCUUCAAUUGUCGCAAAAGUAUUGGCAUCCAGAACUAAGAAUAAUGUACCUGAUAUGGUAGCUACUUCGCAAUUAACUAUUUUGCGUGAUUUAGUAACGCUUCUUAAUCCAUUUAAAACAGUAACAGAAGAUUUGAGUGCCGAGAAAUAUGUCACAGCUAGUUUAGUUAUACCACUAACGAACUUAUUAAAACAAGAAAUCGAACAAACUAAAACAUCAACUGCUAUUGGAGCGUCAGUACAAAAUGAUUUAUUAAAUGGUAUUCAAAGUAGAUUAGUGCCUUUACAAGAUAAUCCUUUUUUGGCCAAAGCAACUAUCUUAGAUCCCCGCUUCAAGAAAUUACAUUUCAUGUCAGCAUUGGCUGGUGCUAAUGCAAUAUCCGAUCUAUCAAAAGAAAUAAUUGCAGAACACAAAAUAAGAGGAAAUCGUUCACCUACAGUAGGCGCUUCUCCACGUGGAGAAAAAGAAAUAACUUCAUCAUUAUGGGAUCGACAUGAAGAUAUGCUCUUGAAAAAUAUGGCUAAUGCCAAUGAAGUUUCUGGCAGAAGUUUUGGUACAAUACCUGCUGAAUUAAAGCAGUAUUUAGAUCAACCAAAUAUUUCAAGGUCAUCAAACGCCCUGAAAUUUUGGAUUGAUAGUAGGCAUUUUACUCCCGUCCUAUCAGAAAUAGCAAUUAAAUAUUUAAUUUCUUCUGCUACAUCUGUAGCAUCUGAACGAGUUGCUUCUACAAUCAAUCUUUUAGUGCCUAACAAUCGUAGUAGCCAAACAGCUGAACAUAUAAAACAAAGAGUAUUUUUAAAAACUCUUACUGAAAAAUAUUGGUAUACAUAAUUGUUUUAUUUAAUUUUAAAAAAUAAUUACUAAGAACUAUAACCUAAUACUUAUGUACAUUCAUAAUUUAAUUUGUUUAAUAAAUCUA